AUGUUGAAGAAGUCCGGACUUCAACAGGAACUGCUCAAAUUCGGAUACAACUUCCUCGACGGCGAGCCUUUGUCUGACAACGUGCGUCAACUCCGAAAGCUAUCUGCGUUUGGCGACGGAGUUAGCGAGGACGUCAACACUGACGACUUUGUAAACAUUCACGGAAGGGCGAGUGAGGGCAUGGACGGCCUGUCUUUCACAAACGCAAUCUGGAGCCUUGUGUUUCGUCUUCGGAAGGAUGGAGAGAGAAUUUACAUGGAGGUUCCUCCUCUUCUGCGCGUCCUGGACUUGUUUCGAGGCACAGAUGCAACCGAUCCGCGCGACAAAGUCUUCGCUUUUCUCAACAUCGCGUCAGACGCAGAUCAACUGUCAUUGGUGCCGGACUAUAAGGCCAGCGUACAGAGCGUCUUCAGGAAAACCGCCGAGGCGAUCCUCAGAACGACAAAGUCGCUGUCUAUUUUCUCGCAGGUGCAAGAGCCCUGCGACACACAGAUUCCUCAUUUGCCAGGGUGGGUGCCGGACUUCAGCGCCAGACUUUCCUGUGCGCCCCUCGACACAGGAGAUGACGACGUGCCGUUCUGCGCUUCAGGGUCUGAUAGCGAAGCAUGGUAUAAUAUUCAUGAUGACGAUACGAUUGAGGUCGAGACUAUCGAAGUGGAUUUCAUCAUGACGAGCGAGAUGGCUGGCGAUAAUGCCGAAGACCUACUCCUGUUGAUGUGCCUGCUGAUGACGAAAGUUUGUCGGAACGAGCUGAAGCAAUACCUCCUCGAAACACACAAGUGA